AUGCAGACGUGUGACGGCGGAUGGCUGAUGCUUUGCAACGAAGUUCGUGCGUCCCGCAGGUAUUUGCAAGUUAACGUGUUUGUUGCCCUUCCAUUUCGUUCUCCUCAGCUCCCCCCAUCUUAUUCCCUCCUCAGUGGCCACCAGGUAGAGGAAACAACCAGCAGUAAGGGUGAAGAAAGUCGUAAGGUUACCCCUGCCAUUAUAUUUUUGCUUCUGCCUUCGUUCACUCGGGAACUGCCUUUGUUUCCCAAGUGCUCUUUUUGUCAUACCAUCUGUGAGGGGAAAAAAAACAAGGAAGGUUUACGGGUUAGCUUGUAA